GGUCCAGCAGAGGAGCCGCUGAGCAGCUCCAAGCUCCGCGACGACGAGGUCAUAGGCUACGCGCGCGCGUCGGCAGCCCGUCGCCAACCCGCCAGACAACUCGCGCACAAGACACAGCUCGGGGGAGGCCCAGCUGUGCCAGGACAGCUUUUUGGCUGCAGCAGAAACAGAGCUCGGCGCGGCAAGACGCGUUAAUUAGGGCUCGCGCCACGCUCCAGAGACCCCUCGGAGCGCUCUAGCUGCGAAACCAACAAAUUCAGGCGCGCACCACUCGCGCGCGAGCCCGCUGAGCGGUCCUGCCACGAAACGCGGACAAGCAUGGGCAAAACUGACAUCCUCAUCGGCAAGAAGGCCACCUGGGGCAGCGACGACGAAAGUGAAGACGACGACCGCCCGCGCCGGAGAGCGGAAGCGGGCGAGUUCUCCGAGUCCGGCGAAGACGAAGCCCCGCCGCCCACCCAAACCUACGUGCCGCCCCAUCUGCGCGGGAGGAGCGCGUCGUCCGACAACGAAGGGCAGAAGCUCGCGGUGCUCAAUCCUAAGGAACCGAGCGAGGAGCCGCCCAAGGAAGAAACCCAGAGCGACAAGCCUGCGGCCUGGUCGUCCCUCGUGAAGGACGGCGCCACUCCUGUCAAAGAGCUAGAAAAAAAGGAGGAGAAGAAGAAGGAGCUAGUCGUGGAAAAGGCGGAUGAUGCGAGGGUGUUUCGUAGACUAGCGAAGGGCGAGGGCAAGCUGUCGGGCUUGUUCGGGCGGAAGCGGGAGUUAAGGCAAUUGAAGGCGCAGCCACCUUUAGCUGAACUAGCCGUGGACGCGGCCCAAGCUGCCGACGCCGCCGUCGCGGCGCAGGAAGCCCUCCAAGAGGAAGAAGAGGCGUCCAUCACUACUGAAAGCACCGAGGACAACUCGCCGCUAGCACUGGCUGCCGCCGCGGCUUUGGCCAAUGCGGGCGACCGUCCCCCGACACCGGUAGACGACACGCCGCCGCAGAAGCGCAAGCCGAGGAAGUGGGAUCAACAUGACGAUAGGCGGGGCGGCAAGGUCGAUAGGAAGGGCUCGACGCGAAGGGAGGUCCGCGACCGGUUAUCAGGCAAGGUCGAGAAGCGUUCAUCGGUAGAUGACGGGGAGCGGUGGGGCCACGACAAGGCUCCCUCUUCAGGAGGCUUUCGGGUGAUCGCGCCGGCGGGCGGGUUUCGCGUGCUCGCGCCGCCGCCGGCGUCGCCGCAGUCACCGCAGCGAAAACCGGAGAUCGACCUCACGCGCUCGCGCAAGGCGCCUCCCCAAAAGAAGUCCUUCCCGAAGAAAACCGAACGACCGAAGUCGAACGGCAUCGUCGUCGACGUCGUCAACGGCAGAGCCGAAAAGGGCCCGCCGGACGGCUACGUCUGCAAGAAGUGCGGCGUGCCCGGCCACUUCCUCAAGCAGUGUCCGCAGUUCGAGGAGCGAAAGCCGAGAGCGCCGAAGGGGCCGCCGGACGGCUACGUCUGCCACAAGUGCGGUGUGAGUGGCCACUGGAUCAAGGACUGCCCUCAGGCUGCUGUGAGGAGCCCCGCGCCGGCGGCGCCCUCACUCCGGCGCGCGAAGGUCAGCGAGGAAUCGAGACGCGCGGCGAGCGCGCGGACCUUCGUGGCGAAUCGACCGCGCACGGCGUCGUGGUCGUCGAAACCCUUGAAUGCCGCUGCUGCUGCUCGGGAUGUGAGCGGCGCGCCGGUCUACGAGCCGUCGGCGGGCUACGGCGUGCUGCAGCCCGAGGAGCCCCUCUUCGUUCCGGUGCCCGCGCGGCCGGAGUACGCCGUCGCGGCGCCGCCGGAGCACUCCUACGCCGCGGCGCGGUCGGCGCUCUACGGCGCGUGAGCGCGGGUCCCUUUUCCCCUUGUUGUCAAGUAUACAAUACUACCAUCU